CAGACGGGAAGCACUUUGUUCACAACUUCUCCAGCAGCUGUGGAGUGGGACCUCUGUGGUGUCACGCAGUACCAACGAGCAACAAACGGCCAAAAUGUAAAGGAAAAGCAGCCGAACACCACUUUGUGAAAGUAGGUGUGCAGUGGAGAGGUGUAGCCGUCUUAAAAAACGAAUGCGUAAAGUUGUUGCGCAGCGGGGACGCGCGAUAAUCUGUGCGUAAAAGUCAGUCAAAGAAGACAGAAGUAAAACUUGUGCGGUGGAUGAGACGUUUGCUCGGCCGCGAUGGAUGCGUCAGUGAGCCUCCGGGACGUGGUGAGAAGCUGACAAAGUGAAGAAGAGUCGUUUCAUUUUCUUUACAGUGGAUGUCUGGUUUCCAGAGUUUGGCGACGGAGCGGAGCGAAACGCGCAGCGGGGCAGCAGAUGCUGGACAGUGACUAAGCCUUACGGCUGGAAAGCUCAUGAAUUGAAUUUGUCUGGGCUGCAGACUUUAUGUAAGAAGUAGGACAGGCAUAACACCGCCCAGUUAGUUCUUUCCGUCAUGCGUAGAGACGCUCGGCCGUCCAGCAUCUCGUUGUUAUGAUCGCCAUCAGCUCUGAACGUUUAAUUCUUCACAAAGUUGCAGCUGACUUAUGCCACUGCUCCAGCAGGAGUUAGUGGAAAGUUUUACCGUUUACAUCCUUCUGUCUACCUCUUCUCAACAUGGACGAGAGUGUUGAGUGUGCGGCGGCCGACAGCUGCUCGGACGGGGAGAGCAUCAACCUCAGCGUGCUCAACUGGGAGCAAGUGCAGCGGCUGGACACCAUCCUCACCGGCUCCAUCCCCAUCCACGGCCGCUGGAGCUUCCCCACUCUGGAGGUGAAGCCGCGGGACAUCGUGAAGGUGGUCCGGAGCCGCAUGGAGGAGAAGCGGAUACAUGUCCGGGAGGUGCGACUGAACGGCUCCGCGGCCAGCUACGUCCUGCACGAGGACAGCGGGCUGGGGUGGAAAGAUCUGGACUUGAUAUUCUGCGCCGAGCUGAAGGGAGAGAUGGAGUUUCAGAUAGUCAAAGAUAUAGUGCUGGACUCUCUGCUGGACUUCUUGCCCGAGGGAGUGAAUAAAGAAAAGAUCACACCAGUGACCUUAAAGGAGGCCUACGUGCAGAAGAUGGUGAAAGUGUGCAACGACUCAGACCGCUGGAGUCUCAUUUCACUCUCCAACAACCGCGGCAAGAACGUGGAGCUGAAGUUCGUGGACUCUCUUAGACGGCAGUUUGAGUUCAGCGUGGACUCCUUCCAGAUCCGCCUGGACUCCCUUCUUCUCUUCUACGAGUGCUCGGAGCACCCCAUGGCUGCCACUUUCCACCCCACAAUCCUCGGGGAGAGUGUCUAUGGCGACUUCCCCACCGCCCUUGAUCACCUGCGCAAGCGCCUCAUCUGCACCAGAAGUCCCGAGGAGAUUCGAGGUGGGGGUUUGCUGAAGUACUGCCACCUGCUGGUGCGGGGUUUCCGCGCAGCCUCAGACGCUGAGAUGAAGCUGUUGCAGCGCUACAUGUGCUCACGCUUCUUCAUAGACUUUCCCGAUGUGAGCGAGCAGAGAAGGAAGCUCGAGUCCUACCUGCAGAAUCACUUUGUAGACCUGGAGGACAGGAAGUACGACUAUCUGGCCACGCUGUACGAGGUGGUGCAGGAGAGCACGGUGUGCCUGAUGGGCCACGAGAGGCGUCAGACGCUCAGCCUCAUUUCAUCGCUGGCGCUGCGGGUCCUGGCCGAACAGAACGCCAUCCCCAACGCCGCCAAUGUCACCUGCUUCUACCAGCCGGCUCCUUAUGUCUCAGAUGGCAACUUCAGCAACUAUUACGUAGCGCAGGUUCAGCCUAUGUACCCUUGUCCUCCCUCCCCUCCUCAGCAGUACAUCCCCCCUCAGCACCAUCCCAUGUACGCCACCUGGUUGCCCUGUAACUAACCUUUCUGUACGUCCAUGCGCUUUUGUGUAACUGGUGGAACCUCCUUAAAAGGGAUGGAUCCUUUUUAUCUCUUCUCCUUGAGAUGGGAAAUUGAGGGAAAUGAGAGAAGGAAGAACAUGGGACAAAAUUAGACAGAUAAAAGACGAGAAUAAAGGAAGGAAGGGAAAUGAGGACAAGGAAGUUGGAUCACGGCCGUGGGCCAGAGAAAGGCUUCUCCCAGGGGUAGAGUGUCACAGCAGGAGGAGCUGAGCACACAGGGAGAGACGCCAAUAAGAGCAGCUGACCUUUCACUUACAGGGUUCUCACAUCAAGACCUGAUCGACCCUCGUCGAUCAGGUCGACGACAGCCUGGAUAUGAUCAUAUUUUAAGGAACUCACAUUUGAAGUAAUGAACAUGUAUGAUAUCGGCAUCCUCUUCGCAUUAACAACCAAAACAAACUCACACACAGCCGCAGAGAGUAACGGAGGACACACAUGAUGUACUGAAGGUAUUGAUUUAUGGUCAAACAACAACUGCAACCUUCUGACCUUUUCCAUGUGCUUGCACAGGACUCUUUUUCACAGACAAUGCAAAAUGAGGAACUGGAUACUGUUUACAAAUCCAAAGAUCUACUUUGAUACUCAACGUUAUCUGAAUUCUGAAACACACACACACACACACACACACACACACACACAAAACAAAAAAAACAACAGAACAAUGCAUGCUUUAUUUCUGUACAGGAAUAAUUUUCUUUAAGUGCCUAGAAAGAGCCUAAAGGGAAAAGAUAUUUUUGUGAUUCUUUAUCGUAGAGUUGAGUCGUCUAAUUGUCUCAUUGAUCUUCAAGGUGAUAAUGAAUGUACUAUGGCACAGAGAGGUUACCUACGCUGAGUGAGGUCUCUUACACUGAGGGAGGCUUUCAAACAACUGUUUUUAUUUUGACAAUGUUUAGUUCGAGACUCUGCUGUUAUCUGCGGUCCUGCUCGCUGAACACACAUCCUGAUUACCAAAGAGGAAGUAGCAACAUAAUCUCAUCAUCUGCUCUUAUCUGCAGUUUUAUUGGAUUGCAAAAUAAGGUGCACAACUUGAAAACCCAAAAGCUGUUUAUCAAAGCAAGGAGAUAAUGAAGUUAUCUGUUGGGGGGUGAAAUCCUACAUAAAAAAUGUAUUUGAAUAUGUAAAGGUUUUACCCAUAAUGCAUUUCAAACUACAGUUUCAUCACAUGUAGGCCCAUAUCAAAAUGCAUGUGAGCAACAUGUUGAAGUGUUCUUGUACACUUUGGUAGAUGCAAAAUGCAUUUUAAUGGACAGAUUUCAAAUAUAAAACUUAAUCUUACUUAAAGGUCCAGUGUGAAGGAUUUAGUGGCCUGUAGCAGGGAGGCAGCAGAACUGAAACAUGUCCCAUGUGACAGAAGUGUAGAACAACUCUUGCCAUCACAAAAAUGUUAAUGACCCUAUCUGAAAUGAGUGUUUGGCAGGGGUUUGGACUCGAGUCACAUGACUUGAGUCACAAAUUUGAUGACUUUAGACUCGACUGGGCAAAAUCAAAAAAGACUUGUAACUUGUGACCUCACUUCACACCAGUGACUCGUGACUUCACUUGGACUUUAGCCUUUUGACUUGAAGAUACUUGGUUCUUUCCAUCAAACUAAUGGGGAAAGAAAAAGUUAAAAACAUUUUUCCAUUCUGAGAUUUUUCUUUUACUCAUAAGGACAACGCACAUUAUUCAAUAUUUCUGUAAAUGUGCCAGUGUUAGCCAGCUGGCUAAUUUUCGAAUGCAGUCCUUUGGCAUGUUUUAAAUCCAAUAAAAUGAUAAUGGUAAAGAUGAGUUAAAUACAACAAUACAGGACGGAAACAUACAAAAAAUCAUAGCUAUUAUGCUAUAAAAGUACAUGUCAGUAUUACAUUUGUUUCUGAUUAAGUUCAGUCAGACACAAAUAUAUGUAUUAUAUAUAUAUAUAUAUAUAUAUAUA